ACAGGCGUCGCGAGGACUCGACUGCCUCCUCGCGCUCUGCACACAGUCGCCGAACGGCCAACUCGAGCACGGCCAGCUCGCUCUCGAGAACGACAAGCUCCCUAGCACCGAGCGAGCAGGGCUCGGACGAUGCCCACUCGCAGGAGGGCAGCUCGGGCAAGAAGACGCGGCCGGUCAGCAUGGCCGGCAGCUUUGAGGCGGUGAAGCCAAAGAAGCGCGGCAAGAGCGUGCUGCUGGACGGGCCACGUCUGCAGAAGGUCCGCUCGAGGAACAAGCCGUCAAAGCAGCGCGACUUCUCACGCCUUUUCCUGGUGCAAGAGCUGCAGCUCGGCGGCGGGCCGAGUCCUCCGCCUUCACGCCGCACCUCAGAUGCAGUCGAUGUCAGCCGCAAGUCAGGCGACAACCAGCGCGGCGUGCCUGGCAAGCCGCCACUGCAGCACACUGAGAGCACGGCGAGCAUCGCCAGCACGACGAGCAAUGCUGCCAGCGCACAGAGCCACGCCGCGUCAACCACAUCUUCCGGCUGCGCGCCGUCGUCGGCGGGGCUCAAGCGUCGCGCCACUUGGGCGAUGAAGUUCAGCGUCGAUGGGCGCUACCUUGCCGUCGCAGGCCAGGACGCAGUGAUUCGCGUGUACAAGGUGCUUGACACGCCCGAGGCGCGCAAGCAGGAGGUCACCGACCUCGUCGCACGCGCCGAAGCGCAGCUCAACGGCAACCUCUUCCCGGCGUCGGGCGGCACCGAAGGCGCCUCGUCCACCAGCCUGCCGGGCAAGGCAGGCAACGGCAAUGCCUCUGCCCCGUCCUCGGUGCGGUCCAAGGGCGCUGUCGAGACUCCGCUGCCCAGCGUGCCCGUGUUCGCCUCGGAGCCGGUGCGCGAGUUCGUCGGGCACACCAACGACUGCCUCGACCUGUCGUGGUCGAAGAACGGCUUCCUGCUGAGUGCCAGCAUGGACAAGACGGCACGCCUGUGGCACCUCUCCAGCCCGACGUGCCUCGUCUCGUUCGUGCACGGCGACUUCGUGACGAGUGCCUGCUUCCACCCGCGCGACGACCGCUUCUUCCUCAGCGGCUCGCUCGACGGCAAGCUGCGUUUGUGGAACAUCCCUGCCAAGCGCGUGCAGUGCAGCCAGGAGGUGCCGGGCCUCAUCACUGCCUGCGCCUUCACUCGCACCGGCGGAACAGCCUGCGUCGGCACCUUCGCCGGCGCUGCCCUAUUCUACAGCACCGACGGCCUCGUCUACCAGUCCUCGAUCGCCGUGCGCUCGCCGACCGGCAAGAACGCCAAGGGCGGACGCAAGAUCACCGGCAUCGAGCCGCUCAUCGACGACAGCGCCGCGGGCGAGCGCGUGCUCAUCACCUCCAACGACUCGCGCAUCCGCGCCUACAACCUGCGCGACAAGGCGCUCUCGGGCCGCUUCAAGGCGAGCAAGACGUACACGAACCGCACCAGCCAGAUCCGCGCCAGUGUCUCGGAGGACGGCAUGUACGUCAUCGCCGGCUCCGAAGCCGGCAGCGAGGGCGGCUUCGUACACCUUUGGGACGUCGGCCAGCUGGCCGGCGAUGCCAAUGGCACGCCCAGCAGCAUCAAGGCCUCGGGCGAUAGCUGCUGCGAGUACUUCAGCGCCGCCUCGGGCACCAUCACCUGCGCCGUCAUGGCGCCGCUCAAGACGCACAGCUACCUGCGCACCUCUGAGGAUCCCAUUCUGCUGCACGCCGAGAUGCGCAAUGCCGGCCGCGUCUCGUCGCACACCACCUCUGCGCUCUCGUCGAUGAGCCUGGCCAGCCCGCAGCCCGGCUUCGAUGCGCGCAGCUGCCGCAUCCUCGCCUCCGUCGACGAGUCGGCCGUCGUGCGCAUCUGGCGGCAGGACAGCUACGGCGCCCUGCCCGCCUGACCGAUCCGCCGCCGCCGCCCCACCCCUG